CUGUCGGCACCGCACAUGCUCUGUAACGUAUUCUUACACCUUCCGCAACAGGAUCUGUUACUGAUCCAACGAGUCUGUCGCGUAUGGCGUGGAGUAAUCACCUCCAGCCGAGUGCUCCAGGCAGCGCUGUUCCUCCAACCGCCAGUAAACGCCGCAGUGAACGAAUCGGUUCGAAUGAACCCUCUCCUAGUGUCCCGCUUCCCGGCAUUCUUCGACAAUAAACCGGAUCACAUGAAUGUAAACCCAACGGCACAUUGCAUGGGUCCCUACUUUACGACUCACUGGGCCGAGAGCAUUCAUCCCUGGGCACGAUUCAGCCCCAAGAAUGAUCACUUAGAUGUUCCGGAGCACCUCGACACCGACCGCACAGCAGCCUAUCGACAACCUGAGGCGAGUUGGCGACGCAUGCUCCCCUGCAUCCCGCCGCCUGUAGAGCUCCAGGCUAGGUAUCAAACCAACUCGUGGCCAAGAGCAGGCACAGUCCGCCGUCUCGGCUUCGAUAUUGAAGACGAUUCUCGCCGCGACGAAUGCGAGCGUCGCUGGUUGACAUUCGGUCUUGUCUACGAUGUCUUCGAGGCGGCUUGGUUUCGAAGCCAACCCUCGGCUGUCAGUCGGUGGCAAUUCGACUGGACAUUUCACGACCACCGGCCACAGAUGCAAGUCCUUUCCUUCGACGAUACAUAUUCACAUGCAGCGACUGUAGAGGAGAUGCACAAUUCCGAGAUGUAUGGCGACCGAGAAGAAUUGCGGGACUGCCUCCCAGACACACCCAUCGGCGGCACCGGUCGUGUGCUGAUCAUGUUU